GAGGACGCACGCACCACCACGCUGAGACUCACAGGGAUGCACUUUUAGCCCCAAAUACACCUCUGUUUCCAGGCUCCAUCUGCGGACUCAACUCUUGGACACUUUCCCCCGUUUUCAAAACCCAACUUUCGUGGAUUAAUUCUUUUUAAAAAAUGCGCUUGGAGCGGUUCCGCGUAAAGACGCCGGGGACUGGAGCCAUGCUCGCCCGCUGCCUGCUGUCUUUCUGCGGGCUGCUGCUCACUGUUUCCCGGCCUGGGGAGGCGUUCAACCUGGAUGUGGAGAACCCGGCUGUGUACACCGGACCAAAUGGGAGCUACUUCGGAUACUCUGUGGACUUUUAUUUGGCUGAUUCUGCCAGUGCGAGCGUGGUGAUCGGAGCGCCGAAGGCCAACACGACGCAGUUCAACGUCACCGAGGGAGGGUCAGUCUUCUACUGUCCCUGGAGCCUCAGCCAAUCGGACUGCCACUCCAUCGACUUUGAUACGGAAGGUGAUCGCACCGUGUUGCUGAACAACACGGAGCAUCAGGUGGAUUUCAAGUCCCACCAGUGGUUCGGUGCCACUGUGCGUUCUCACGGCGACACCAUCCUGAGCUGUGCCCCUCUCUACUCCUGGAGGACUGAGAAAGAUUACCCCCGGUCUGACGCCACAGGAACCUGCUACCUCUCGGUGCAUAACUUCACCAAAUUUGUGGAAUUUGCUCCCUGCCGCACAGAGAUCAGUGACGCGGUGGGACAGGGUUACUGUCAGGGGGGCUUCAGUGCAGACUUCACCACGGAUGGCAAAGUGGUAUUAGGAGGGCCCGGCAGCUACUUCUGGCAGGGUCAGGUGAUCUCUGCUGCUAAGGAGGACAUUAUCAAAGCGUACUACCCCGGGUACUUCAUGCAGUCUGUGGAGGGCCAGAUGCAGACCAGACAGGUGAAGGCCGAGCACGAUGACAGCUACCAAGGCUACUCUAUCGCUGUUGGGGAAUUCAGCGGUGAUCAGGUGGAAGAUUUUGUGGCCGGCGUUCCAAAAGGACUCAAGCUUUACGGAUCGGUGUCAAUUCUGAACGGUACCGAUCUGAAGACCAUCAUGAACUUCACAGGCGAGCAGAUCGGAUCAUAUUUUGGGUACACAGUGGCAACAACAGACCUCAACAGUGACGGUUUGAUUGACCUGCUGGUCGGUGCUCCCAUGUUCAUGCUGCGCGGCUCCGAUGGCCGUCUGGAGGAAAUGGGCCGGGUCUAUGUUUACCUGCAGACAGAAGCCCUGCAGCUGGAGCUCAUGCUGCCUCACCUGACCGGCUCCCAGGUGAUGGGGAGGUUCGGCAGCACUAUCGCACCUUUGGGAGAUCUGAACCAGGACGGCUUUAAUGACGUGGCUAUCAGCUGCCCGUUCGGCGGGGAGGACCAGCAGGGAGUGGUCUACAUCUUUAACGGGUUCUCGGAGGGUCUGCGGGAGAAACCCUCUCAGGUGAUCUCGGGUCAGUGGGCUGCAGGAUCGGUUCCUGCCAGCUUCGGGUUCUCCCUCCGAGGAGAUAAAGACAUGGACAUGAACGGAUACCCAGAUCUCAUCGUCGGUGCCUUUGGUGUCAAUAAGGCCGUUCUCUACAGAUCCCGCCCCAUCGUGAACACCAGCGCCUCUCUGACCGUUUCCCCCACCAUGAUAAACCCGGAGGAGAAGAACUGCUUCGUCACGACCGGAAACAGCAGCGUUCUCGCUUCCUGCGUCAACCUGAGUUUCUGCAUAUCUGCAGAGGGGAAGCACCUACCAGACCAUCUAGAUUUCCAGGUGGAAGUGCAGCUGGACAGCAAUAAGCACAAGCAGAAAGGGGCCGUGAGGCGGGCUCUGUUCCUGGACUCCCAGCCUUUUCUCCACAAGAGUGUGAGGGUGCGGCAUGGCGAGCGAGAGUGCCACAACACCAAGAUCUACCUAAGAGACGAGAAAGACUUCCGGGAUAAACUCUCCUCCAUUUACGUGGCCUUGAACUUCAGCUUGGAUCCGAAAGCGGCGGCGGACUCCCACGGUCUGCGGCCCAUCCUCAACUAUCAGACCACCAACGUCAUCGUGCAGAAGGCUCAGAUCCUGCUGGACUGUGGCGAGGACAACAUCUGCGUUCCUGACCUGAAGCUGGCUGUUCAGGGGAACAGGAAGGAGGUGUACCUGGGGGAUGACAACUCGCUGACCUUGACGUUCAACGCCAGGAACGAGGGCGAGGGGGGUGCGUACGAGGCGGAGUUGUACGUGGUGCUGCCCCCCGAGGCCGACUACAGCGGCAUCGCCAGGAAUAAUGAGAGCCUGACCCAGCUGACCUGCAGCUAUGAGACGGAGAACCAGACCCGGUACCUGAGCUGUGAUCUGGGAAACCCCAUGAAGUCUGGCACCAGUCUGUGGGCAGGUCUGCGCUUCACGGUGCCACGGCUGAAGGACACACACAAAACGGUUCAGUUUGAGAUGCAGAUCCGCAGUAAAAAUGAGAAUAACUCCCACAGUGAGGUUGUUCCGUAUAAACUGGAGGUGGUGGUUCAGGCCGACGUCAUUCUGCAGGGCGUGUCUCGGCCAGAUAAGAUCUUCUUCCCGCCGGUCAACUGGAAGCUGACCAAGAACUACGAGGUGGAGCAGGACGUGGGGCCGCCAGUGGAGCACAUCUACGAGCUGGUGAACAACGGGCCGAGCCGGAUCAGCCACACCCUGCUGGAGCUGCGCUGCCCGCUCCGGCUGCAGGGCCAGACGCUGCUGUACCCGCUCAGCUUCUCCACCGAGGGCCCCAUCAACUGCACCGCCGACCGGAACAUGAACCACCAACGCCUCAAGCUCCAGCGCACUUCCACAGAACCUCCUAUCCUGGCCCUGAAGGCACCGGAGCACCACGUCGAGAGGAGGGACGCCAACAGGAACCAACUCGCUCAUUUAACCAACCUGUCCUGCUCGAACACGGAGUGCUGGGCGCUGCAAUGCACUGUGGGUCUUCUGGAGAAAGGAACCACCGCCAUCCUCAAAGUGCGCUCCCGAGUCUGGGCCGAGACGUUCACCGAGAGAGCGUACAAACACUACGUGCUGGAGUGUCUGGCCCAAUACAGCGUGGAGAAGAUGCCGUACGCCAUCGCCCCCAAAGCAUCCCCCAGCGGACACAAAAAGGUGGUGACCCCUCUGGUGUGGAAUAAGCCGGACAUAGAGAACUCGGUUCCUCUGUGGAUCAUCAUCCUGGCUAUAUUAGCAGGUUUACUGCUGCUGGCUCUGCUCAUCUACGUCCUAUACAAGUUCGGCUUCUUCAAGCGCUCUCUCCCGUACGGCACGGCGAUGGAGAAGGCUCAGCUGAAGCCUCAGGCGGCGUCCGAGGCGUAACGCAGAACCACAGGAACCACAGGAUCCGGCCGUAUGAUUGCAACGAGACGUGCGAUGAGGAGUGGAUCAGAAGAAACGGAGAAAGAGAUAAAGAGACACCACUGGAAACUCCACUGUGCUGCACUACAGGAAAAACCCAAAGAUCUCCAAAGCCAAAUGAAUGUUUUUACUUCUUUUUUUAACUUAUGUCGGAAGAACUGAUUCUCACUGAGACUGAUCAACAGGAAAGGAGUCUGCAGAGAGAUGCUUUUACUCUGGUGCUAAUGAUCUCACAGGUUACAUGCAGCAGGAGCUGUGAAUUACAAGACCCUGAAGUAUCCUUCUGGUAUCUCCUGAACACAUGGUUUUUACAGAUGGAAGAUCAGAUUGUUUUCAGGGGAAAGAGUCGACAUUAUGAUGAUGAUUAUUGAUGAGCAGCCGGGGAAGACGGCUGGAGGGCGGCGCUGCGUUGAGAUGUGUUUGCACUCAAAGGAAACCUACUGAUUUAUCCAGAGAAACCUAAAACGGACUGGCUGAACUUCCUUUGAGAGUUUUGCUCCUACUGAUCACUUUGUUUGAGUCCUCGCUCAUGUUCACAGUCUCCCAUGCCUGCACCAGCCUGGUUGUGCAGCGCACAGCAGGAAGAAGAGAGGAUAUGCGCAGGAAAUUACGCUGAGGUGAAGCACGGAGGCGAUGUCUCAGACUGAAGACAAUCAGCGAUGUUGUAGCUCCUGCAGACAGAUUUUAAGGUCUGUGUCCACAUAGCGCCUUUUUCCGCCCCCAGCGUCUCAUCAAGAAAUGCUUCUAGAUCCUUUUUUUAUUGCUUCAACGACACUGAUAUCUUGACAAUGCAUCAUCCAAAACAUGCUUGCUUUCACACUUCGUCUGAACGAACUUCCGCUCUCAGUCUGACAGCUGCAGUGCGAGGAGUACGAUCCACCUACAGAUUUAAAAGUACAAAAAACCGACAGCCAUAUUCAAUGUCCGGCUGGUCGAUAUGCCCAUGAUAGUUUCCAUCUGAAAACACAGUUUAAAAUCAAGCUUUUUAUCCAAUUUCUGCGGUGGCAUCAUCUACGCUUCAUCUUGAAAGCUGAAACAAACUCAAAAUGCUCAGAGCGGCUGCACAUAACAAGGCCCAGCGCUCAGAAAAAGGUCAUGUUGUCAUUGAAAUCAAUUGAAAUAAAAUGUAAACGCUCAGAAAAAGGUGCUACGUGGACUCAGGCCCUUAGAGCGAAGUCGGGAUCUUCAGGGUUGCACAAGGAGGGUUUUCCAACACCGUGCAGUGUGACUGUGAGACACUGUAUUCCUCAGAAAGAGGAGCGCUCCCCCCCAGAGGCUGCAGGGACUCAGCAGUAAAAUGCAUCAUGAUUUUUUGACGUGCCUUAAAUGUAAAUACUGAUGGUUACGUGUGUGUGUGUGUGUGUGUGUGUGUGUGUGUGUGUGUGUGUCUUCAUGCAUUUGUGUGAAUGGGAUAUUUAUGAAUGUGUGUUAUUUGUAUGGAUUGGUUUGCACCCUUGCAACAACACAUUGUGCAACAACACAACAACGUGGAUCACAGUUUGACUUCACUAGCAUUAAUCUGCUGCAUUUUUAGGUAGAUGUUAAACAUUGCAGGAGUUAUGUAGUUUUAUUUAUAUGUAAGAAUACAUGCGUUAUGUAAUAUCCAACCAAAAUUGAUUUUUAGGAACGAAAACUAUAAAAGAAAAUCUAAAUUUCUCUUCAAAUGAAUUUUGCGUCAGUAUGAUUGAUGCUUCAAAGCAUAAAAAUGAACAUUUGUGUGAUAACUUUAUGAAUGAAAACCUCUACUUUGGUUGGUUUUUACACAAUGCAUGCAUUAUUACAUUUUCAUUUAAACAUCACAUUUUGCAAAGACUGCUGAAGGUUGUUAAUGUUACUCAAGUCCUGUACUGAAGUCCUGUUUAGUCACACUUGUACUUGAGUAUUUCCAUUUUGUGCUGCAUAAACUUCUACUCUAGUACAUUUUGGAGGCAAAAUAUUCAAGUUUUUGCUUCAUUUAUGAGUAAUUAUUAUUAUAUAUUCAAGAUAAGAUGCAGUACUGUGCUGCAAACAUACUCGGUAUUUUCAGAGUAAGAGCUUAGUCAAUUGGCGCCUUUCUUCACACUUCAUGCACAAUACUCCUGCAUGUAAAACAGGUUCAUUUAAUAUCCUGUAAUAGUAUAAUGUAGGGAAAAGAGCCGAGUACUUUUACUAUUGAAGCUGAAGUUCAUUUUGCUCAGUUGUACUUCUAACUUCUAGUAUUUUAAGAACAUAGUACGUCUACUUCAGUAAAGGCUCUUCCUCCACCAGAUUCUUUAAAAAUGCAUCAGAUUUUUACAGAAUGAAGUAAAAUGUGUUUAAUUGUGUGCGUUUUGUUCCAUAACGUGUUGUUAAACUCUUCCCACUGCUCAGUCCUGCUCAUCCCUUCACCUCUGUGUCUGAUGAGGCAGUGGAUGUUCGUUUCACUGCAUCACAGAUAACACAUUUACAGUCCUCGUUGUAAAUCCAAAGAAACGUCUGUGAGAAUUCACCUUAUGCUGCCCACGUCUGGUUCAAACAAUGUCUUGGUUCUUCUGGUUUAAGUCAUUAUUUGGGGUAAUUUACAGCUAAUGGUUUCACAGCUUCUAUCCUCUGUGAGUGGUUUGGAUAUAUCUAUCUAUGGUCCAAUUAGAGGCUCUAAUAAUUACAUUUGAAUUAUAAUUGAACCCCCUGUGGUGAGUGUACGUAAAAGCAGUGAGGGACAUCGUAAAACCAUUGCUCCCAUGCAGCUGCAGCUCCUCCCAGCUCCAGACAUCGCUGUGCAUUCUGUAAUUAACGCUUUUUGGAUGAACCAAUCACACAUUGGGAAUAAAAAUGGUUCGUUUUUUCCCCUAAAAAAACCGUAAUACCAGUUCAUUCAAAAGUUUUCAAAGCUGUUUAUCUGGAAAGUAAAGUUGGAUAAAUCUGGCGACGCUAUGCGAGGUAAUAGCAAGCAUGCUUUAACCGGAAGUACCAAGACAGAGGCGGUGCAACAUCCGGGGAAUUACGGUCCAGAGGAACGCGAAGGGUUUACCUCCGGAGGAGCAGCUGAGCUCUGGGAAGUCAACGUGUGAAAGUGCAAUAUUUAUAUUCACUCUUUUGUUUUAAUAUUACAGAGCUUUCUUCUGUUUCAUUUGUCGUCAUAAAACCAGGACUUUUCACGUGUUUUAAUUCACAGUAUGUGAUGAGCACGCGCGCUAAAUCCUCUGUGACGUAUUAUUGUAUUCGCUCGCUUUCUCACUCGGUUUUUGUUCUCACUUCAUCGCUGGAUAUUUUUUCUCUGAGUUGAACUCGGGGACACAGAUCAGCAAUAUUAUAAUAACCAUAUGUCACAUGUUUGCCUCAUCACACCCUUUUAUUAUCCGCAGUUUGCAUCCAUAUCUGAUUGAACACUUUAAGAUGACGGGAUCUUUUCAAUGCUUCCUCCGGGGUGACAUCAGGAACGGCACUGGGUUUUAAUUCUUAUUUUUCUGUAAACCAAUUUCCACUCUCCAGGACUUCCCAAAAAGAAGUUGUACAUAUUUCUGACGAGGAGAGUGUUUUUAAAUUGAAUCUGAUUUGUUGUGAAUUUCUCUCACCCCAUAUUGGGGGGAGGGGACAUUUUUUGGUCCAUUUUUUACCUGUACUUUUAAUAAAAUAUUUCCCUUUUUACAAAA